AUGUUUACUGUAAAACGACUGCCAACAAGCAAGAUUUUCGAGAAAAACUGCCUCGCUACGCCGAACAAAAGAAAAGCUACAACAGCCAUUCUUCCAGAGUCGGACGUUUCACCACCUUGUAAAAGAAGAAAGCCAAUGAAGACAGCGUUGUUAGUCGCUUCAAAAAAGGGGAACGUUAAGAUCGUUCAGAUUUUAGUGGACAAUGGAGCAAAUGUCAACGCAAAAGGAGAAAAUCAGGUAACACCGUUAAUAGUCGCAUCUAAAGGAGGAUUUGCGGAAAUUGUGAAAAUUUUAGUCAAUAAAGGUGCGGAGGUAAACGCGAAGGAUGGAAGCAAAGAAACAUCGCUACUAAUUGCUAGCCGAUUAGGAAAUAUUGAAAUUGUUAACACUCUGAUUAAAAAAAAUGUCGAAGUUAAUGCAAAAGAUGAAAAAGAGAGGACAUCAUUAUUAAUAGCCUGUCGGAACGGGAAUACAGAGCUUGUCCGGAUUCUAGUCGAAAAUAAAGCAGAUGUCAACCUUUGCGACGAAACUCAUACAACACCGUUAUUGAUCGCUUCUCGAGGCGGAUAUUUCGAAAUUGUGAAGGUUUUGGUAGAAAAAGGAGCGAAUGUCAAUUUGAAGAAUAACGAUGAGGUAACGCCGCUGUUGGCUGCAUCUCGACGAGGGUACACAGAUAUUGUGAGGACUUUGGUGAAAAACAAAGCGGAGGAAACGCCGCUGUUAAGUGCAUGUCAAGGAGGAUACUUUGACAUUGUCAAGGUUUUAGUAGAGAAAGGUGCGAAAGUUAACGCAACAAAUGAAGAGGGGCGGACACCACUGUGCGAAGCAUCUUACAGUGGAAACCUUGAAAGUGUGAAAUUUUUAGCAGAACGUAAAGCCAUAAUCGAUGCAAGAACUAAACGACAGCUGGUGCAAAACUCGUGUAUCCAGCGUCUUCGUCAUGCUCAAUUUUUGGAAACGGUUCCGAAUCAUGUUACAGAAAAAGCCAAUUUCCUCAGUGAAUCUUCGGACACUCCUGACUAG